UAUCAAACAGAGGUUUGGCUCUUGCUUGUCUACUUCCCUGCAAUAGAUGAUAUACGAAUCUUAAAAUGUCAAAACUAUCUCUUUGUGGGUUAUGUUGACGAUUCUGAUGAUGGUUUCUUCUACUGCCCUAAGUGUAAUGUUCGGUUUGAUGGUGUUUUUGACAAUGAUGUUGAUGAUGUGAUUGAUGUCUACAUACUCAGAUUCCGACGCAAGAAAUCUGCUGCAAUCAAAGCCGAACCAAACUCUCAACCUUGCUCUGAAUAUGAUGCAUGGUCCAAAUUUGUUAAUAAUCUCUUAGAAGAUGAAACUCAACAGAAUGAUGAUAUUCACAUAAUAGAACAGAAUAUUGAUGGGACAAGUGUCUCACAUCCCAGUGAUUUUGGAAGCUCUAAACAUAAAACCUCAAAAUACUAUCACAACCACAACCAGAUAAGGAUGCGGCACUUGAUGGGGUUGCAGAUGAUGAUUGAGCUUCAAUGCAAAGCACUAGUGAAGGAGUUUAAGGUUACUCCUUUAAUAUGUGGCUUGGUUGGACCAAUAUGGUUGAGGUUUAUCUCCAAGACUGGUGUUUUUGAUGAUGACCGGGCUUAUACAGUAAUGCACAACUCUGAGAUGCAGAAAGAAGGAGAACCAGAAGAUUAUACUAUACGUGGCAAAUACAGAGAAGAACCCCACAACAUGUUUGGUCAACGAUUUGUUAUGAUAUGGUUAAGGUAUUUGAAGAACAGGAUUCCACUAGCUUGUACAAUUGCUGUUUCAUAUCUGGCAUGUCAUAUUGCUAGGAAGCCAUCCUACCAUCAGACAUGAUGAAGUGGACACUCGAAGGGAAGCUUCCAUAUUUUUCUGCCUUUGUUGAACUUGAAAGGCUCAUGAAACAUGAAUCACUUGCAUGUCCCAUCAGUUCAAGUGCUAUGUUCAAGCCCCAGCGAGCUAUACCGGUACAAAAGCUAGAAUCAUUUGCUGCAUCAAUUGCUCAUUGCAUAGGCUUGGAGUUACCUCCUGUGAACUUUCAUGCAAUGCAAUAGCAUAUCGUUACCUUAAAAAAUUAUCUCUUCCUGUCGAAAAGAUUCUUCCUUAUGCAUGCCGUAUUUAUGAAUGGUUGAUGCCUCCCGACUUGUGGUUAUCUUUUACAAAGGAUUAUUUUAGGUUACCUACUCAUGUUUGUGCUGUAUCAAUUCUGGUGAUAGCUAUAAGGAUUUUGUAUAACAUAAAUGGUUAUGGAGAAUGGGAGAAAAGUUUAUCUUGUAAUGUUGGUGACAAAGACAAUGGCGAAAUGGAUACCACUUUUGCCUCUCAUGACGAGCAUUUUUUGGUAAAGGUUCUGCUAAAGAUCCAAUAGGAUGUCAAAAACACAAAAUGGAUUCUGCUGUGCUUCUCCAACACCUUCAUGCAAUAUAUGAAGAGAUUGCAGAUAACCACGAGUAUUCGAAGGACUUACCUACUUAUCUCAAAUACCGUAGAGAUGUUGUCUUUGAUGGAUCAAAAGAACAAUCUUAUGAUAAUUAUGAGGAACAAAGAAUGAUUGAAAUCCUAAGGAAUUUUUAUCAGAAUGAAAAGAAUACCACCAAACCAUCAGAACAUGCAGGGAAAUCCAAUACUUCUUUUAACCGAUUGAGGUUGACGGAUGAAGGGCACAUUAGGAGGACAUCUAAGAUGAAAAAUGUAAGAAGAGAAUGUUUCAAUGAUCCCUCUCUUGAUGAUGGCACCUGCCGUGUAGAUGACUUUCCUGGAAGUUUGAAUAAUGAUAAUUCCUCGAGACUUCGCCAUAUGGUGAAGACUCAGUUUUCAACAAGAACGGCGGUUCAGGAAAAGCUGUAGUCGAUGAAGCCAUUACACAAAUGAAAUUAGACAUGGAGGAAAACCUAUUUUGUUAUGUACCACCUCGCGUCAAGCCGAAGAACCUUGAUUAUGUUCACUAUGUCAGAAAGAAGGAUAAAGGUGCCAUGACUUACGUUGCUCAUGCUGAUUAUUACAUUUUGCUUCGGACUUGUGCCAGAAUUGCACAAGUUGACAUUAGGAUUUUGCAAAUUGGUGUUUUGAGACUUGAGAAAAGACUUGCUUGGCUGGAGAAACGGGUUGAUCAAUGCUUGCAUUUGAAACCUUCCAGUAUUUCUUGUCAGUUUUGUAGUGUUAAAACCACUAAAAAUGUUUCAGCAGAUGUGCCUUAACUAUCAAAUUUGAAUAUAUAUAU